UCUAGAGAGCAGACAAGUUCUCGGGUCACUGGAGAAUUCUGCCCUGCGCCUAACCAUCCAUUUUCCUGCCUGGGCGCGGCGGUGUCCGCCCCGGCCCGCGGCGCAGCGCAGAGGAGAAAGGCGAUAGGAGGCAGCAGCUGGCCUCCCACCACCCUAAAAAUAAUCCACCCGCCGCGGCCGGCCGACCGGGGAGGAAACCUUGUCAUCCCACGGAGUGCUGGAGCUCCUCGGCAUGCUACAGAGCGAUCACCAACCUCUUUGAGGAGUCACUGGCUGAGUUCGGUGUACUGGUUUGAAAUUUACAUCUUCAGACUGUGGGCAGACGUUUGGAAGGUAGCGCAAGUGGCCGGUAGGGGGACCGUGUACAGGAGCCAAACUCAAGGCUAAUCACAUAAGAAGAAAUGAGUCUCUCUUUUUGUGGGAACAACAUCUCCUCAUAUAACAUCUAUUAUGGUGUUCUCCAAAACCCCUGCUUUGUGGAUGCGCUCAACCUGGUCCCUCAUGUCUUCCUAUUGUUUAUCACCUUCCCAAUAUUGUUCAUUGGAUGGGGAAGCCAAAGCUCAAAAGUGCAAAUUCAUCACAACACAUGGCUUCAUUUUCCCGGACAUAAUCUGAGAUGGAUUCUGACGUUUGCGCUCCUCUUUGUCCACGUCUGUGAAAUAGCAGAAGGCAUUGUGUCAGACUCGCGGCGGGAGUCCAGGCAUCUCCACCUUUUCAUGCCAGCCGUGAUGGGAUUUGUUGCCACUACAACGUCCAUCGUGUAUUAUCAUAAUAUUGAAACAUCAAACUUCCCCAAAUUACUUUUAGCUUUAUUCCUGUACUGGGUGAUGGCCUUUAUCACAAAGACGAUAAAGCUGGUCAAAUACUGGCAGUUGGGGUGGGGAGUGUCAGAUCUGCGCUUCUGCAUCACAGGUGUGAUGGUCAUCUUGAAUGGGCUGCUGAUGGCUGUGGAGAUCAAUGUCAUCCGGGUCAGAAGAUAUGUUUUCUUCAUGAAUCCUCAGAAAGUGAAGCCUCCAGAAGAUCUCCAGGACCUGGGUGUGAGGUUCCUCCAGCCGUUUGUGAAUUUAUUGUCCAAAGCUACGUACUGGUGGAUGAAUGCGCUGAUCAUAUCUGCUCACAGGAAGCCUAUUGAUCUGAAGGCGAUUGGAAAGUUGCCAAUAGCAAUGAGGGCGGUGACAAAUUACGUUUGCCUGAAGGAAGCCUAUGAAGAGCAAAAGAAAAAAGUUGCAGACCAUCCGAAUCGGACCCCAUCCAUAUGGCUGGCCAUGUACAGAGCUUUCGGGAGACCAAUCUUGCUGAGCAGCACAUUCCGAUACUUGGCUGACUUGCUUGGGUUUGCUGGUCCUCUGUGUAUUUCCAGAAUAGUCCAAUGUGUGAAUGAAAUCAAGAAUGGGACGACUAACAUAACAGGAAAUUCAGAGACACUCUCAUCGAAGGAAUUUCUGGAGAACACCUAUGUGCUGGCAGUCCUGCUCUUCCUGGCCCUUAUCCUGCAAAGGACGUUUUUGCAGGCUUCCUACUAUGUGACCAUAGAGACUGGCAUCAACCUCCGCGGGGCUCUGCUGGCUAUGAUAUACAAUAAAAUCCUUCGGCUCUCUACUUCUAACCUAUCCAUGGGUGAGAUGACCCUGGGACAGAUCAACAACUUGGUUGCCAUAGAAACCAAUCAGCUCAUGUGGUUCUUGUUCCUGUGUCCUAAUCUGUGGGCCAUGCCUGUCCAGAUCAUAAUGGGGGUGAUCCUGCUGUACAAUCUGCUUGGAUUAAGUGCACUGGUUGGCGCCGGGGUCAUCGUGCUUCUCGCGCCCAUUCAGUACUUCAUCGCCACGAAGCUCGCUGAGGCUCAGAAGAGCACUCUGGAUUAUUCCACCGAGAGGCUGAAGAAGACAAAUGAGAUACUGAAAGGCAUCAAACUCCUCAAGCUGUACGCCUGGGAGCACAUCUUCUGCAAAAGCGUGGAAGAGACGAGAAUGAAGGAGCUCUCCAGCCUCAAAACCUUCGCGCUCUACACGUCACUCUCCAUCUUCAUGAAUGCAGCAAUUCCCAUCGCGGCUGUUCUUGCAACAUUUGUGACACACGCAUAUGUCAGUGGGAACAGCCUGAAGCCCGCAGAGGCCUUUGCCUCUUUGUCUCUCUUCCACAUCCUUGUCACCCCCCUCUUCCUGCUGUCCACAGUGGUCCGGUUUGCGGUCAAAGCCAUCAUCAGUGUUCAAAAGCUGAAUGAGUUUCUCUUGAGUGAUGAGAUUGGUGAGGACAGCUGGCGGACUGCUGAGGGCACGCUGCCUUUCGAGUCCUGUAAGAAGCACACUGGAGUGCAAUCAAAACCAAUAAACAGGAAGCAGCCUGGAAGAUACCACCUGGACAGCUAUGAGCAAUCUCGCCGUCUUCGGCCAGCAGAGUCAGAGGAUAUUGCAAUCAAGGUGACAAAUGGAUACUUUUCAUGGGGCAGUGGUUUAGCUACAUUAUCCAAUAUUGACAUUCGAAUUCCAACAGGUCAGUUAACCAUGAUUGUGGGCCAAGUGGGGUGUGGGAAAUCGUCUCUUCUCCUCGCCAUCCUCGGUGAGAUGCAGACCCUGGAAGGGAAAGUUUACUGGAGCAAUGUCAAUGAAUCUGAGCCUUCCUUUGAAGCAACCCGAAGCAGAAGCAGGUAUUCCGUGGCCUAUGCUGCCCAGAAGCCCUGGCUCCUAAAUGCUACGGUCGAGGAAAACAUCACUUUUGGAAGUCCUUUCAACAGACAGAGGUACAAAGCUGUCACCGAUGCCUGCUCUCUUCAGCCAGAUAUUGAUUUGUUACCCUUUGGAGACCAGACUGAAAUUGGAGAGAGGGGCAUCAACCUGAGUGGGGGUCAGAGGCAAAGGAUCUGUGUGGCACGGGCACUCUACCAAAACACUAACAUUGUCUUCUUGGACGACCCAUUCUCUGCCCUGGACAUCCACUUGAGCGAUCACUUGAUGCAAGAAGGAAUUCUCAAGUUUCUCCAAGAUGACAAGAGGACGGUGGUUCUCGUGACUCACAAGUUGCAGUACCUGACACACGCUGACUGGAUCAUAGCCAUGAAGGAUGGGAGUGUGUUAAGAGAAGGGACCUUGAAAGACAUUCAGACCAAAGACGUGGAGCUUUAUGAACACUGGAAAACUCUCAUGAAUCGACAGGAUCAAGAAUUAGAAAAGGACAUGGAAGCAGACCAAACAACGUUAGAGAGGAAGACACUCCGAAGAGCCAUGUAUUCAAGAGAGGCCAAAGCGCAGAUGGAGGAUGAAGAUGAAGAGGAAGAAGAGGAGGAAGAUGAGGAUGAUAACAUGUCAACUGUAAUGAGGCUCAGGACGAAGAUGCCCUGGAAAACCUGUUGGUGGUACCUCACCUCAGGAGGGUUUUUCUUGCUCUUCCUCAUGAUCUUCUCUAAGCUUCUGAAGCACUCAGUGAUUGUGGCUAUAGACUACUGGCUGGCUACAUGGACAUCCGAGUACAGUAUAAACCACAGUGGGAAAGCUGACCAGACGUUCUACGUGGCUGGGUUCAGCAUUCUCUGCGGAGCUGGCAUCUUCCUUUGCCUGGUCACCUCCCUCACUGUAGAAUGGAUGGGCCUCACAGCUGCCAAGAACCUCCACCACAACCUCCUGAAUAAGAUAAUUCUUGGGCCAAUAAGGUUCUUUGAUACCACACCCCUGGGACUGAUUCUCAACCGGUUUUCUGCUGAUACUAAUAUCAUUGACCAGCACAUCCCUCCAACCUUGGAGUCGCUGACCCGAUCCACCCUGCUCUGCUUGUCCGCUAUCGGGAUGAUCUCCUACGCGACACCCGUGUUCCUGGUCGCCCUUGUGCCCCUUGGCGUUGCCUUUUAUUUCAUCCAGAAGUACUUCCGAGUCGCUUCUAAGGAUCUCCAGGAACUUGAUGACAGCACCCAGCUCCCCCUGCUUUGCCACUUUUCAGAAACAGCCGAAGGGCUCACUACCAUCCGGGCCUUCAGGCAUGAAACCAGAUUCAAGCAACGCAUGCUAGAGCUGACAGACACGAACAACAUUGCCUACUUAUUUCUCUCGGCUGCCAACAGAUGGCUGGAGGUCAGGACGGACUACCUCGGAGCUUGCAUUGUCCUCACAGCAUCCAUUGCAUCCAUUCGUGGAUCUUCCAGUUCUGGACUAGUGGGUUUGGGUCUUCUGUAUGCCCUCACGAUAACGAAUUAUUUGAAUUGGGUCGUGAGGAACUUGGCUGACUUGGAGGUCCAGAUGGGUGCAGUGAAGAAAGUGAACAGUUUCUUGACAAUGGAGUCUGAGAACUAUGAAGGCACCAUGGAUCCCUCUCAAGUCCCAGAACAUUGGCCACAGGAAGGCGAGAUCAAGAUUCAUGAUCUCUGUGUCAGAUAUGAAAAUAAUCUGAAGCCCGUUCUGAAACACGUCAAGGCUUACAUCAAACCUGGGCAGAAGGUGGGCAUCUGUGGUCGAACUGGCAGUGGGAAGUCAUCCUUAUCUCUGGCGUUCUUCAGAAUGGUCGACAUAUUUGAUGGAAAGAUAGUCAUUGAUGGGAUAGACAUUUCCAAACUGCCUCUGCACACACUGCGCUCUAGACUGUCCAUCAUUCUCCAGGACCCGAUCCUGUUCAGCGGCUCUAUCCGGUUUAACUUGGACCCUGAGUGCAAGUGCACGGAUGACAGGCUCUGGGAGGCUCUAGAAAUUGCCCAGCUGAAGAAUAUGGUGAAAUCUCUGCCAGGAGGUUUAGAUGCCACCGUCACUGAAGGUGGGGAGAACUUCAGCGUCGGGCAGAGGCAACUGUUCUGCUUGGCCAGGGCCUUCGUGAGAAAGAGCAGCAUACUCAUCAUGGACGAGGCCACAGCCUCCAUCGACAUGGCCACGGAAAACAUUUUGCAGAAAGUAGUAAUGACAGCCUUUGCGGACCGCACAGUCGUGACCAUAGCUCACCGAGUUCACACCAUUCUGACUGCAGACCUGGUCAUCGUGAUGAAGCGAGGGAACAUUUUGGAAUACGACACCCCAGAAAGCCUCUUGGCCCAGGAAGAUGGAGUGUUCGCCUCAUUCGUUCGUGCAGACAUGUGAAGGGAUGCCUUGCAGUCCUACCUGGAUUGAAAUGCCUGCCGUCAGCACACCCGAGGGAGCUUCACCUUGGCCUUCACAGAGCAGCACCAUAAACUUCAGCAGAUUUUUGUAUGAAAGUUGAGGUUUCUGUUUCCUGUUUUGGUGUAACAGUUUCCUGAGAGACACUUCUUGUAGGUUCACCAUUGGGUUAUUUUUCUAAUGAUCAGGCCAGGUUAGAAUAGCAGGCUAUGUUAAAACAUGCAAGUAAAUCAGUUUGAGUUAAGUCUGGUCAAGGUCUGUCAAACAUGGGGGUUGAAAUGAGAAAUCUGCAUUACCACACUCUUCCCGGGAGGGCUAACCUUGCCUUGCUGUUGGAACGCCCAUGUAGGAAGAGAGUAAAAGAAAUUCAUUUUCUAACGAAAUACUAAAGUUCAUGAUCUACCUUAGGAGAAUAUUUUUUAAUGCUUUUUUUUUUUACUUUUCCCCUUUUUAAUAAUUUCUUUUCACCAAGAAUUAUGCAUUUUUAGUACCUCUGUAAAGCCAACCUCUUAUGAGAGAAAGAUUGUGACAUGAGGUUGAAUAUUUGAAAACAUUGUACCUGUUUCCAUUUUCCUCUGUCCAAUAAGAGAAAGUUCAAGUUAGGUUCAGUCCUCUAGCAAUAGGACAGUUAAGCUUUCUGGAGUUUAAUUCUUUAUCAGCGAGGUAAUGACUCUGAACCCUGAAGUGCUACAUUAUAUAUAGAAUAUAGGUAAAUGGCCUUAUCCAUCACACACACACACACACACACACACACACACACACACACACACACACAUUCAUGCCACAUCUUAGCUGUAUGUUAAUCUUGGCAAGUGCACAUUCCUCAAGGGUACCAAAUAUUCCCUACAAUGCAUUUCUGUGGGAGGGUUACAUAAAUAGUGAGUUUUUAUUUCUACUUGGCAGAUUUCACCUGUAGACAUUGAUGAAAUACAUGUGACCAUUUGUCCUGUUCUAAUUUUAGUGCACAAGAGUGUACCAGAAAUCUGCAGGGUAUAAGUGUCCUGUUUCACUUAAAUACUAGUUAAUAAAGUCAAACUUACUGAACAUUAGCUUCCCUGUUAUCCUAGCUACCACAGUUUCUGUAACUCUUGCCCAUCUGAUACAAGCAUUGCUGAGUUUCAUAUAAGGGUUUUCACACAUUGUAAGAUCUCAAAGACACAUAAUUGAUGGGGAAUGCAUGUGUUUCAAGACUUAAAAUUCUUGUGGAUCAGGAUAUAUCCAGGUGUCUUCAUAAAUGCAGAACCAUAGUGUAAGAAGUUCAUAAUGAUGGACAAAAAUGGUCCGGAUUACUUUGCUUAAACCACCAGCUCUUGUCCCACAUAUAAGACUUCAUUAGGAGAAAAUAAUAGUAUUAUCUUCAAAAAGCCAGUAGAUCACAGUCAUUAUCAAUAAAUUCAAUCUCAAAAGUGCUUCAUAAAAAUUGACUAAUCUUCUAAAAUACUGCUCGUUUGAACAAUUCUUUUGGGGCUGAAUAUCCAUGAUGUUUAUUACCAAGUCACACCUUCUUACACAGAAAGGUUUGCUAUAGACAUGGCCCCUUCUGGUGUAAAACUACACUAUCCUGCACACAAGUGAGCAUCUACAGGUUACUCUUUACUACUCCUUGUUAUGUUUAUUCUAUUUAUUCUCAGCAUAUUAAAUUUGUUUAUUAUGUACACUGUAAGUUUACUCUCUAUAGUACAUGAGAACAUAUUGGCUUAUCUUACAUAAUAAACUAGUCUUUUGUUUACUCAA